UUGUGAAUCUCGGUUUGACCGAUGCAGCCAUGGGCCGAUCACUGGACCUCUGAGAGCACCUACCCCCCCCUCAACCUGUUCCUCUACACCCUCUAUUCUUCCUGUGCCCUGCAGAGCUGGCAGUAGAGUCCUCCAAAGUCAGAAAGCAGCCACCACCCUGUGAUACCUCCCCCCCCCCCUUCAUCUGUGCACCAUGAGAAGUGUUGUUUCUCAAAUUAGCGGCCCCUCCAGAUGGCCCCUCCUGGCCCUGCUCCUGUAUCUGGCCCCUCUGCUGCUGAUGGAGGGUUGCUGCUACGCGGCCCCCUCAGGCCCGGAGUCUGACUCUUGCUCCACCCUAGUCCAGGGCCGCUUUUUCGGCUUCUUCCUGUCAUCGUCAGCGUUGCCCAGCAUGCCCUGCUCCUGGACUCUGCAGAACCCCGACCCACGGCGCUACACCAUCUUCCUCAAGGUCACCAAACCUACGGAGCACUGUGUGCCGUCACAGCUGCGCACCUUCCAGUACGAGUCCUUCCUGGAAACAACGCGCACCUACCUGGGCAUGGAGAGCUUUGACGAGGUGGUGAAGCUGUGCGACGCCUCGGCCCCCGUGGCAUUCCUGGAAGCGGGAAAGCAGUUCCUCCAGAUGAGGAAGGGUCUUCCUCGGGCGGGAAAGACCAUGAAGGAUGGUGAUGGGGAUUUCAAAACUGAGUACCUGGUGGUCGGGAAGCGAAACCCCAGCAUGGCGGCCUGUCAGAUGCUGUGCCAGUGGCUGGAGGACUGCCUGGCCUCCAGCACCUCCAGCAGGCCCUGUGGCAUCAUGCAGACCCCCUGUACCUGCUGGGAGCCCCCACCGCUGCUCAGUGAGGGGGAUAGCUGCUAUCACAAUGGAGUUUACCUGGAAAACUGUUUACCCAGCAUGAAAGAGAGUGGAAAAAACGCUGAGAUGAAUG